AUGAAGUUUGGCAAGUCAUACAUGGAAACACUAGCCAGCCCCUCAUUCCCUCAGGAAUGGAGGGAAGGUGCCAUCGAGUACAAGCAUGUGAGUCGUUAGCCGUAAUUGGCGACCUCACCGUCCGCCAGCGUUAACCUCUUGUCGCUCCUCGUCACUUUGUGCAGCUCAAGAAGCUGAUCAACGGUGUCGUGGCCGAGCUUGAAUCUCUUGGGCUCGGUGCGGACGUGCUCAGAGAGCUCAUAGCUCCAGGCGCGCAAUCCGGCGAUGCGCACGAAGAAGAGGAUGAAGACAUCCGAAUGUCUCAGCUAGCGGCUGCUGCUGCUGCCAAGUCUUCGCUUCAUCCGAGCGACCACAGCGUACCGGCGCGGCGCUCAUCGCAGAGCAGCGAGUCCAGGGCACGUUCGCGAUCGCUGACCAGCAGUGGUACCGAGGACUCGAGCGCAGAUGAGGCUGCUACAACUGGGCCCGGAAAGUACGGCAGGCUGCUGGUCGAUUCUAGAGCUGCUAGAUUGGCCGGCUCUGAGAGUGGCAACCCGCUAAGCCCACUCAUAGAGGAGACUGGCCUUUCCUCUUCCCGGACAAGCCCACGCACGAUUGGACGACCUAGCGCGGAGGAGCAAGCGCCAGCUAUAAGUCUGGGUGUUGCGGCCCUAUCGCCGAGCGCUACCCUCGAGGCACAGAAGGCGCAAAGAGCAGCGCAUGGAAGUCCCUUGGAAGUGCCGAGCGAGGACUGCGAAGAAUGCGUCGCUGAUGCUAAUGCGAAGGAAGCAGCGCGCAAAUCCUUGGGUGAAGGCUCUCAGUCGAACGGUAUCUCCGCCAGCGUAAGCCCUUCUAAGGCAUCCUCGCAUGAGUCUCCUGCAGCGGAGUGGCUGGAAAAGAUAGCCCACUCUCAACCCCAUCAGCGGCGUCGCAGCGCUCGCAAAAGCUCGGGAGGCUCCCAGACAGCGGGCGGAUGGGCAAGCUCGGAUGGCAGUCCGUCGAGCUCGAGACAGCACUCUGUGGACGUCUCGGAUACGGACGGUGCUGCACGUCGGCGCCAACACCAUCAUCAGCAUCAUCAUGAGCAGCACCAGCACCAGAACCACGAAGAGGGCCCCGAAGCACUGCGACCCGAUCCUCGACUGCUUUUGAAGCCCCACGAGCGUCCCUCGGCUUUCAGGAAGCGGUCUUCAGCCGAUGGGUCUUCGGGCGUAGGUAGCCCGGAUGCAGUCACAGACGAUGAGACCAAUCAAUGGUAUGGCAUGGGCAAGAAGGAGCUCGAGGAAUUCAGGAGAAGGAAGAGCGAAGUCUUUGGUGAUGGUCCGCAGAAGGAGGAUGACGUGAGGAGGGCUUCAAUGCCCGCACACGAUCUUGAGGCCGGCAAACGGGCACAAGGCGCGAGUGCAGCAAACAACCACGGCAGGCAUGACUGGGGUGGACAUGCUUGGAGGGAGAGACCCGGUGACGCUUGGAAGAUGGAGAAUGACACAGCCAAGCCUUCUGGCUCGCUCCGCGAUAGACCCAAUUUGGCCGCCAGACGAUCGAGUUCUGGUGGCGCGGCGGGCAAACAACCCGAGGACGGUCAUGCUCGCAAGAGCAGGUGGGUCAAAGGAAAGGAUGGACGACGUGCCCGAGCAGAGUACGAGCUUGGCGGUGAGUAGCUAGUGGCCUUCUCUCGCCUAAGACUCGGAAGCUGACCCCUCCUCUGCGGCGGCCUUUUGUAGGCACCAAAGAGCAUCCGGUUCCUCGAAUUCGCCUGUUCGUCGAAUCGCCUGUCAACUCUGGAGACGAAGGGAGCGCCGAAGAGUCCGCGUCUGAGGACGACAGCACAUCCGACGCUGGCGCAGAGGAUGCGGGGCCGCGCAUCACGGAGCUGCCGCCGACGCCCAAAACGCUUAAGGGCUCACCUGGUCGCGAGCCGGCGGUGCUCGCUCUACCGAACGCUUCGCUUCCAGAUAGCACGUCAACGCAGCGCGCGGAUGCAGAUGCCGGGUUGGCGCCAGCUCUGUCCCCAGAGCAAUUCGGGACGUCUGCAGCAAGAAGUCACGAGGGACGCCGCAUGCGUCACCGAGAAAUCGUCAUUCCACUGACAGCGGACACGGAGUUCCUCGAUACGCUGACCGGCGCUCUGCAAAACCUCUCCAACCUGCAAAGUGCGCAGAGGGAUGCAUUUCAGCAACAGACCGAGUCGCUUUGCAGUGCAGUGGCCCGUGUCGCGUCUCCAUACGCAACGAAGAGCGACCUUUACGUCUGGAGAGAGAUAUUCGCAUUGUACGUCGAGAUGCAGAUCUUCGAGUCCGAGCGGGAAAAGGAUCGAGGAGAAGUCAGUGUGGAUGAGAGCGAAGCGCGAUUGAAAAGGUUCGCCGAGGAACUCGCUAAGCGAGGCUGGACCACGUCCAAUGAGUCAGGAGAAGAUGCGCAAGGUGGCAUGUCCGGCCACAAGCAUCGCGGUGGAUUGGCGGCUCGUCUCAGCAGACGGAAGAGCAGCGCUGCUGGCGCUUCAGCAGGCGGCUCGCUGCAGCCCAUGAAAGAUCAGAGAUCCGUCAAUGCGCUUCAAGAUUUCCUCCGGCUCAACUUGGCCUUGUUGGACGUCAAGAAAUUCCAACGGGUGAACAUCGAAGCGGCGAGGAAGAUUUUGAAAAAGCACGACAAGCGCACUGCGCUCACGGCUAGCGAUGACCUGAGAGCUUUCAUAGCCCAGCAGGAUGCAACUAGGCUGGGGGCUGCUACUGUGGCGGGCAUGGGCCUGUCGGGGCUCGUGCAGAUCCCGCCUGAAGCCUUUGGGGUCGGUUCGGAUGGCGCCAGUCAUCGAUCAGGAGCUCUGGUUCCUACUGGCGGAGGGACACAUCCUUCCCUGGCGGCCCUCUUGCCAAGCAGCACGACGGGCAUUCUUGCGGAGAGCUUGCCCCACAUUCUCCUCUCGCUCCUAACCACCACGCUUCUGCCCAUUCUGCCGAGCAUCGACGACUACGCCUGCGCCAUCUGCACAGGUGUGGCGUGGAGACCCAUCCGACUGGACUGCGCGCACCUCUUCUGCAUCCGAUGCCUCGUGAAGCUGCAAAAGAAGGGCAAGGCUGACUGUCCACUGUGCAGAGCUAAAGGUGUCGUGGGUAACGCUGAUGGGAGAAAUUUGGACGAAGCGGCUACAAAGUUUAUGA